AUGGCGGCAUCUUUUGAUCUCGGCGCGAUAACUAACGCGCUGUCCGACCUUGACCAGAACGGCGUCAAAUGGGUUGGAAAAGCGUCCAAAUGGGGCACCGUUGCAGAAGCACAAGAACUGAUCGACGCAAUAGCUGCUUGUACCGACAUGCGUUUUCUGAACCUCGAGGGCAACACGCUCGGUGUUGAGGCCGCCAAGGGGAUUGCGAAAGCGCUCGAGAAACACCCGGAGCUGCAGCGCGCCCUUUGGAAGGAUCUGUUUACGGGCCGCAUGAAGGAAGAGAUCCCGAUCGCAUUGAAAGCACUCGGUCAGGGCAUAAUCACGGCUGGCGCCAAGCUAACUGUGCUCGAUUGCUCCGACAAUGCGCUCGGACCGAACGGAAUGGUGGGAUUGGUGGACCUUCUCAAGAGCUCUACCUGCCACACACUACAGGAACUAAAAUUGAACAACUGCGGACUUGGGAUAGAGGGUGGCACUAUGCUGGCGAAGGCACUGCUCGAGGGUCACGCCGGUAGCCUGCGGGUUGGGAAACCGCUCUCCUUGAAGGUGUUCAUUGCCGGCCGAAACCGGCUCGAGAAUGCCGGUGCGAAAGCGCUCUCGGAAAUGUUCGCCACGGUCGGUACGCUGGAGCAGAUCGAAAUGCCGCAGAACGGGAUCUACCAUCCGGGUAUAACGGCCCUAUCGGAAGCGUUUAAAGAGAAUGUGAACUUAAAAAUCAUCAACUUGAACGACAACACGAUCGGACCACGUGGUGCUGCUGCACUGGCCGAAGCCCUACCCGCCCUGCAGCAGCUACGUGAGAUAAACUUUGGAGACUGCUUGCUGAAGACUAACGGAGCCACACUGAUCGGUGAGGCAAUCCACGAGUCGCAUCUGGAGCUGGAAGUGCUGGACUUUGGGUUCAAUGAGAUCGGUCCGGACGGCGGAUUUGCGCUGGUCAAUGCAACCGCCAACAAAGACCGAUUGCGUUCGAUAGUCCUGAAUGGGAAUUCGUUCGGGGACGAGUGCUGCGAGCAGAUAGAGGAACUGAUGCAUGACUAUGGACGGAUAGAGGCGUUUGCCAAGCUUGAUGACGAUGGUGGCGACAACGAGGAUGCUGAGGAAGAAGCAUCGGAAGACGGCGGCAGUGAAGAAGAUGAAGAAAACGAAACGGAUGAGGACGACGAAGAAACGGAGGACGAAACUGCCGAAGGGUAUGAUGAAGAGCAGCGCCAGCAACGCGCGAGUGACACUGAGGUAGAAGAAGACACGGAGGAGGCGUUGCUGGUACGCAUGAAGGAACAUAUGAUGGCACUGGCGACCAACAAUAACGACACCUCGACGGUUUCGAUCGAUCUCGAUGCCACGCUUCCGAACACGGUCGACUCCUUCUGCCGGGUUCACUACCCUCCAGAGACAAUGUUUCUCGGCUUGCCGGACGCCGACAAGGUGGCUGCUUUUCGGGAGUAUCUCAGCACCGUGCCGCAGCCAGACUAUCUGGUGCACGUGGCGUUUACGAUUCUCAAGUGCUCGGAAUUGGCCGAACGGAAUCCGGAAGCAUUAAGCGUGGCCGUCGCCCUCUACCAGGAUGCGUUCAAGUUUGCGCAGGCCAAUCGACGGCUGAAGAGCUUACGGAACUUUGUACUCAUUCAGCUCGGUUUGCUCAAGUGCGAAGACCGCAGCUUCAAGCCGAGCUACAACGUGCAGAGCUGUCGGUAUGCGCUUCGGGCCGCCCUGCAGCAGAUGGUGGCACCGGAGGACGAAAAUUUGAUUUUCUCCACAUUCCUCGACGGGGGCCGAUAGAGCCGGGAAGGCAUUG